CAAGCCGUGUAGACACACGUCUCUCGAUCGCGCGGUCGUUUCCCUAGCAUGUAGUGAAUCGUCGUAGUUGUUUCGUUUCACUCCAGAAAGAAGUCGAAAAGUUUUCGGGUUUCGCGACGAGUUUGGAAUUUGCAACCGUAGCUGGCGUGUCGGAUUGGCGGUUCCGUGUUUACGGAAUGUGUUUUGCUGUAGAAUUUUGGUGUUUUUAGUGCAAUUUAAUGACAGCCAGUGAAUCGACCCGAGAGAAAUCUGAUCCCUCGGAGGAGUACCAACAUCUUCCACUUGUCGAGCACGGCAACAGUGCACGAGUGAGUGAGCAAGUGUGCUAAUAUUAUGACAAAGAAAAACGGAUCCUUCGAAUGCCGGCAGCGUAUUGGUAGGAAAAUUGUUCGUGUGACAUUGCCGUAAAGUGAAGAAAAAUAGAGGUACUAUUUCCGCACACCGACUGACGUCUUACUAGUCCACCACCACCACCACCCCCUCAAACCAGUGGUGGUGCAAACGGCAAUCAGCAGAAAGAUGGAAUUGAAGGUAUGGGUCGAAGGCAUACAGCGCAUUGUUUGUGGAGUGACGGAAGUCACCACUUGCCAGGACGUGGUUUUUGCCCUAGCACAUGCCACUGGGAAAACCGGCCGAUUCACACUAAUCGAACGGUGGCGCAACAACGAACGGCUUCUGGCCCCGCACGAGAACCCCCUGAAAAUCCUGAUGAAGUGGGGCGAAUACUCGAGUGAUGUACAGUUUAUACUGCAACGAUCCGAUCAGAAAAAGGAUCCAAGUCAGCAGCAAAACAACAACAUUAACAAUAAUACCAACAGUACUCCUGCCCCGCCAAUAACACAGCAACCGUUGCAGCAACGUCACUCGCCCAAUCAGCAGCACCCGCAGUCACAGCAGCAAAUCCUUCGGCAGCAGCAGCAAAAGCUGCAUCAGUUUAACAAUAGCAACAACCUGGAUGAUGUGAAAAACAAGUUGGCGCAGAACAACCUGAAGAACAGUGCCGGCGGAAAUGAUCCCUACGGGAAGCUACCUGGCAGCCACCCGCAGACGGAAUUGAUCAGCAGUGCGCUACCUCUGGAACGGGGUAAGGAGACACGGAAAAGCCUCAACUCCGGGUCACCGCCGAAUUUGAAAAGCGCAGGCAAUAUCAUCAAUAAUAAUACUACCAUCAGCAAAACUACAAUUGGCAACGUCAAGGUCGAGAAUGUUGGCAUAGUGAAAGGGAUCCAACAAAAGUCGCCACAUAAUAGCACCAGUUCCAGUGGUAGCAGCAAUAGUAGCGGAAGUGGUAGCAGCAGUAGUAUUGGCAACCUAAAUGUUAACUCAGUGGAAGCGACUUAUGCCAGUGUGAUUAAGAAACCGAAAGUUCACCAAUCUGGUAACGUGGGAGAUGACCUUCGAAAUUCGUUGGACAGGAAACUAAACGGUUUGCUGUACAGUAAUGGGAUCAAUACCGGGCACCAUGUGCAUCACCAUGGUACGAGUACGACUACCACGAUUGUGGGUGCAACGCUGAAGGAGGCCCCACGCUUCGCUGGACUCAGUCAUCAUGUUAACAGCAACGAUAGUCUCCUGCUAGACAAUAGCAGCAUCAGUAGUGUCAGUAGUAGCGGUAAUCAUAAUUUACUGAUUAGCCCGGCUAGCAAUAACAGCAACACAAACUCCCCCAUCAUCGGAAUCUCGUCAAAUGGUGCACUGGUACCACCACCAUAUCGUGACCCUCCUCCCCCGAGAAACUCACCACUUUCACACAAGCUGGACAGUCCAAACAAUAACAGCAAUAAUCCGAACGCCAGCCCCAGCAGCAACAGUAGCAUCAAUAGUCAAACCCUCAACAAUCUCAAUCUCAACGUCAACAGGAAACUCGAGAAGGAUAGCAUUAACAUGAACCUAGCGCUGAGUGCCGCUGCAGCAGCCGCAGCCGCAGCUACCUCCAUAUCCUCGUCCACCGGGAGCGUCGGCGGGGGAAGUGGCAGCAUCGGCAGUGGAAGCAGCUCUAGCAACGCCAACGAGUUGCUUCUGCUCAAUGAACUGAAUCUGAACGAUGGCCCGGUACAGAAUACCGCCCAGUACAGGGACCUGAUACAGCUUAUCAAGUAUCAGCGGGAGAAAAUCAAUACCCAGCAAGCGGAUCUGUCUAAGUACGACUCAGAAAUCCAAUACCUAGAGAGCAGAGGCCGCGAGCAGCAGGACCAGCUCGAUGCCAUCACGCAGGAGAUCAACAAAACCGAUCAGCUCUACCGGCAGGGUAGCGAACAACUGCAGACGCUUCAGUACGUCGAAGAGGAGGGUGAGCUGGUCCGGCAGCAGGAGAAGACACUGAAAUCCGAAAUCACACUACUCCGAUCGAAGCUGGCGAACUGCGAAACGGAGCUACUGCAGUGCAAGAACAAAAUCCGCCUACUGAUGGACGAGAUUCAGGUCGAGCAGCGCAAGUAUUGCCGACAGUAUGACACUAACCGUGCCCAAAUAGAACGCCAUCUAAUGUCUGAAGUUGACAGGAUUCAGCUGGAGAUCGAUCUGGCCAUUCAGGGUACCGACCAUGCGAACAAGGCAACCGACAAGAUGAAGAGCGAGGUCGCAGUCAUCGAGAACAACAUCGCCGAGAAGAAGAAACAGGUCGAGCAGCUGGUGCACGAAAUGAAGGAGGUCAACCUGCAGAGUCUGGCAGUGGCACCGGCCGAUGAGGUGCGACAUCUGCUGGAAGUUGGUACGGUGAAACCCGGUAGCACCCGAAGAAUGAUAGGAUCGCCAAGGCAGCUGGAAAAUGCGGUUCCAACCAGCAAAAACCCACACGGAGUCUGGGUGUAGGUGAACUACAGCAAAAUACAAGCAGCAGUGGCAUGCAAUAAGUUAAUCAACCAAUUGUGAUAUUGUUAUAAGAAAUUGAACACGCUAAAAGUUAAAGGUUUGCUGCUAAUAGUUACAGGGCGUAGGGCCUUAUGCACCGAACCGAAACACGCAGCGCUUAAGGCACCGACACAGAUGGCCUUGGAAACUUACUAGACACAAAACGUAUCUUUAUCAAUGGCCUCGUUUUAUACACUUAUUCUACACGCAGAUUAUUACGUUAUACACUUUUGAAGUUUUUCACGUACUAUUUUUGAUAGGGACACUUUCGUGAAGAGAAACCAAUCAAACUCUAUCAAAUUCGUAUACCUAUCUAGGGGAGUAAAAAUUCCCAAGGGUCCAAUUCACUUAUUUUAUGCUGAUCAAAUCAGUCUUUCGAAUCGGUUUUAGAUUCACGCUUAAUUUUUGUCCAUUUGGUAAAACAACACAAAACAAAACAUUCCCUUCGUUUUGGCGAAACAAAACAAACAAAGACACCACAAAAUGCAAUAAUGGCCUCAAAAGAUAUGAACAUUUCGUAUUAUUGAUGUUAAAACACCAUUGAGAAGAAUUGAAACGGGAACUGAAUCAUUCCUCAACCCAGACAAACAGUUCUUACUGUUGAUAGCGUUGUUUUUAUUUACAUUGAAUUGGUGGCUUCAAUUCAAUUCAAGAGAGUGUAGUACAGAAGCCAUAAAGCUACUUUAAUCGUCAAAGUUAUUUUAGAAAUGAUAUAUUUAUUAUUUUAACGUGCGAAGGUAUAUCGAAGCCGUCCUUCACAAUCUUCGAAUGAACCGAUACCGGUCGAGGAUGGUGGAACUCGACUUCUCGGAAGCGUGCAAGUGCAAAAGAAAUUGGUUUUAUUUUUGUCUUAAUCUUAGCUUUUAGCUAGUAGAGUAGUUGACAGAUUAUAUUUUGCAAGCAACGUUUUACGAGCAAUAAACGCAAACUCAUUAGAUUACUCGAUAAAUGUUUAACACAAAUGCCAUCUCUCAUCUAAGUUGUAGACACUGUUUUGGCAGCACAUUGUUCUAGUGCGUAAUGUACUUUAGUUAGUGUUUAAUUAUCAAAAUAGAUUAUUGAUAGACUGUAUCGUAUAGGGUAAUGAAGAGCACUGCUACGGUCGAUGGCGAGCGCAAGAUUUCAACUUAAAUACAAACAUAUAAAAGAUAUACAAUGAAAUAAGCGAAUAAAAUACCAAGAGUACUCAAAAAUUGAAUUCAAUAUCAAAAAAACACCACUCAAACUCGUUCGACGAGUGUUCGAUGCAACUCAACCACCUAAAUCAAAGGAAGCAAACAGCACAUAGUUAGCGAACACAGUUAUCGAAACACAGACACACACAAGACUCGUGUUCUAUCGCAUGACACACAAACACGCAGAAUAUUUACACACUAGCUACACCUACACGAAGAAAAAGCACACUUGGUUUUAGCUUGAUUUUCAACUGCCCAAACACAUCAAAAUAAAAAAGGAAACACAACUGUGUGCGUGUUGUGUGCAGUAUCUAUUUUUCAAACAUAUACAAACAAAUUCUACUUUUGAAAACCGAACAAUAUAAGUACAGGACAGCAAAUCGAAAGGUUUCAUACUCUACAUACUCUAUUAUACAAGAAGGAUUUCGUUUUCUGCUUCCGUAGGAAUUGAUUUGGAAUUGAGCUAUUUACCAACGGCGGCUUGCUAUAUUGUUAGAACAAAGAAAGAUAUCUCUAUGCAAAAAUACUAAGGAAAAAAAUAUAUAUUUUAUACUGGCGAGUAGCACACUAAACUGUUAUGCAAGAAAAAAUUAUCAAUAUCAGAAUAUCAAACUAUUAAAAAUCGAUCAAAUAAUAUCAACAAACCGAGCUAAUGUUAUAUCACAUGUUAUUGUCGCGAGCAAUCGGAAGUAUUUCUACUGACUGUAUCUAUUAAUGAAUUGCAUAGCGCUUCACGUUAUUCGGAACUAUGUUGUGAUCUCAAGAUUUAGUAUUCGAUCGAGAUAUAGGUCCAUUGGGAAUGUGAACGAAUUCAAAACAAACAUCUGAAGCUAAAAUAGUUAUGGAAUUUGCGUAUCGACUUCGUCUCAUCAGAAUCCGACACUAACUUAGUGACAGGACUAAGCUAGCGCCGGAUUGACACUAGCUCCAAAAACAAAAACACUUUGUGUUUCUGAGCUAACCCCUAGGAGCACGGAUUAAGCUGAUGAGAAUUAAUGAAAUUGAAGCUCGGUUCGGCUUAGUAAGCCAAUGCAAUAUUUACUAUGGUAUAUUUCUCGUUGCCAGCAAAUUCCAUAACUAAUUUAGUUGCAGCGAUUAUAUUCUUCACGCGCGCGUCGUUUGUUCCCCUUCCCUGUCAGCAUACGACCCAUAGAUCUUCACUAAUGCAGCUCCUGCCCAAAGCGAAACUGAGUCAAGCUCCAACCGCUGUCAAAAUGUAUGAGUUGACAACAGUUGUUUGUCAAACUUUUGCGUACAGUUAAAGACUAAAAUUUUAAAGUGUAGUAGAAGUUAAAGUACAAUCAGGAGCGAAUCCAGAAAAAAAAUUCGGGAGGGGUUAGGAAUUUCGAUUUUAAAAUUAACAUUGUACAAUACGCAGGGCCGGCAGUGGUGAUGAAAGUUCAGACCUGGCGUAUGUAAGUGAACAGGAAAAUUCCCGAAUAAUAUCUGGUGGCUAUUUGGAAACACCCUUUGUUAGCGGGCCGACGGCUUAGCGAAAAUGUGUUCGUUGAUUGCUGAUACUUCAAAUGUUGCACAGCUAACUACCAAUUACUCCAUUCUUUUAAAUUUCGAUGCAUUAAUUUUCCGUUCCCAACGAUAAAACCUUUCACAGGUACUGAAGCCAGCAUGAUAGUGUUGGCUAACGGCAAGGUAUCUCCAACGACCAACAUCCCCUCAGGCUCAAUGGAGGUCGAUUUGGGUAUAUCUGCGGUGGCACAAAUAAUGCCGAUAAGUCCAUUUUCGAUACAAAUUAUAUCCAUCUAAUACAACUGGCACCAGGAAUGUCUUCUUCCGGAUCGAAUAUAAGCCAUUUAACAUCAUCGAUAUAUGCGGGAUCUAACUAAACACUCGGCCAUGUACGAAGAAGUCUUGUUUAUGUACCCGCCUGGGAAGUAGAGAUUGAUGGUGUAGUCUCCUACGGGGGCCCUAAUUGCAAAGUAUAAGGUUGGAUUCUUUAAGAACCCUUUGCUUUAGGCAGUAGAAAUUCUGGUUUACAAAUAAUUGCGUUCAGUAAAAAUCUAAGAAAACCGCUAAUUUUUCAUCAACCUCAUAUCGAGCCUUUCGCAGGGUCUAUUCUUCUACACCUUGUUUUUUUUUAACGGGGCUCGUCUACCUGUUCAUCUUUUUGUGCCGCGAGGAAUGAACUGCCCUCGUCGCAAACCAUUGGGCCUACAGCUACCUAUUGUAGAAACAAGGCAUGGUGUGGAAAAUGCGAAGAGAACUAUUAAAAGCUUUCCUACUAUAGAGAGACUCUGCACGAUAUCUUAACAUAUUCCACAUAAUUAUUAUUUGGGGGAAAAAACGAAACACUUAAAGAACGCUACAAGAAGAAUUGCUAAGUAGGGCUACGCUACCGGCCAUGAUUAUUUUAUAUGCUUCCUCAUUCACUAAAGAGUGAGAAUCUGACCAUCCUAUUGUGGGAACAUUUUCUAGUGUACCAUAUACAUUUUCAAAGGAGAAAAAUAGCCUUUUCUCCUUAGCUUCCUCGUAAAAGCCUGAGACUGUCCCUUGAAGGGUGCUGUUACAAAACCAAAAUAAGUGGUUCCUGGUCUCGGGAAUCCUAGAAAAGAGCAGGAAUUAUCACAUAGGACAUCAAAAACGCCAAGUGUCCCUACAUUUCAGUCCCUACAUUUUUUCCCAGGUUUUACACCAUGCAUUUGCAUUGUGUAAAACCUGGUUAACUUCCAGUGUAGAUCUUCCACAAUUUCAAUAUUAUUCGCCAGGGCCAGGAAAACACUGUUAGGGAUCAAAAUGUGCUGUUCUUUCAAUCGGAUUAACCUUUGAUCGGUACCAGGUAUUGAAGUUGUCGUUUGUCACGACCGAAUCAAAGGCAAAGACUUAUUGGUAUUGUUUCCAUAUACAUCGCACCUCAGCUGGUUUUAGAAGACUUCAAUUCUCACGGUCUAUCUAACUGCGUGAUAUUUUCCAUUUGCACGGCCAAACGCUUUAGAUUUAUUAUUGUACUCGACCUCGCUACAAUUAGAGAGCCCAUUGAUUGCAAGAGCUACGCGUCCACUAUAUCCGAAACAAUCGAAUUAAAACAAGAAAUUCUUGCGGUGGAAACGUACAAGGUUUGUACUGGUUUGAUUCUAUACACUGCAAUUAAAUGUCAGACGAAACGAGUACCCGGUGCGAGCAACAGUGGACGGUCUCCCACUCCGUGGUGACCAGAGAGCGUUCAGAAUGGUACACGAAAAUGUCUUACAAGGACUUUUUUAAAGUCGAAUCGCCCGAAUUAUUCCGAAUAUACGUGACGUUAGAAACACAAAGUGGCUUGACGAAAGCUGAAAAACGUGGUUAUUGGCACCGGUUCGUCGACGGAUUAACGAGAUUGUUUCAACUGAUGGCUAGGCCCUACGUUGUGUACUCGAUUUAACCUUUGAUCGAAAUACACGCAACCAAUAAUCUUUCGGUGACAACAGCAUUCGAUGUAGAUCCAUCCAUUCAUUCAAAUCGACGUUUCACGAUGAAAUGAUAAUGCUGUAUGUAAACGAAUUGAUUAUUUUUAAACACACAUUUUUAUCUGACAGCAUAAAUGCUCGCGCUAAGCAUUACAGUACAUUACCGUAACGUUCAUCAGAAGAUGACAGCUAUGCAUAGCUUCUAUGCUAUUUACUAUAACAGUAGUGGAGUGGCGAGGGCGACUACAUCGUUACAGUUUCUGGGGAAAAUAUGAGAGUUCCUGAGUGCUUUAUCUGAAAAAUCAUGCCAGAUUACCAGAUGCAAAUAUUAGUUUGAGUCAUUACCCGCACUGCUCUAUUGUGGGUAAUGAGAAGGCGGACGCUUAGGCAUUAGAAUGUCAUUUUUAUGAAAGAUAGCAUAAUUUCAACGAGUUUUUCAAUAUUUUUUUGUCAGAGGACGCUAGAAAUUUCAUGGAACCAUGGAAGUUUAGAGAUCCCAAAAGUAUCAACAAGUCUUGGUUAAAGGGGAUUUUGGGGUCGUGUAGAGAGGUUUUCACGACAUUAAAUAUGUUGUCUGGUCGUGCCGCUAGUGUUCUAGCCUCAGAUCUAUGCUAACCGGCCUCAUUCCACUGCAAGAUGUGCUGGAUAUCCUCGAUAUCCCCUAUAUGUCUCUCAUAUACAUAUUUUUAACAACCAUAGAUACCCAAAUUUAGUUCUUCUCUCUACCUGGCAAUCAGGUCUCAAAAGAGUUCCCAGCGAAUUUCUUCUUUUCCCUGUCAUUGUUGUCCGCCCUCUCUUCCCUUCCCCUGGUACGAUCUUUGCUACUCUGAUGUUGAAACCAAUCCCUCAUGUGUAUGUCUUUUGCCUUCCUUAUAAAAAUGUUUCUAUUUGUUUCAAUUUUUAAUCAAAUAAUAAUUCUUUUUGAAAAAUUGCGUAUUAUAUAUUUAGUCUUUCAACGUCGCAAAUGCUUAGUGUGGAAGUUUACCGUGACUUAACUUUUUGUCGGUUCCGACAGCAUGAAGUAACAAGUUACUUUACGCUUGUCCGGACAUGCCGUAGACCCAGGUGAUUCGCAUUUCUAAUGCCAAAAGACCCUGACUCCUACGGUAGCAGACAAAAAGUUAAGUCGCCGGUGAGCUCUAAGCUUGCAUAUAUGAUCCUUCCACGCUUUUCUAAACUUUCUCUCUUCAACUCCUUGCUCUCCCUUGAGUACUAUGGCUCUAAAUAUUGAAAAAUAUACUUCACCUUGUCCAGUCCCUUGCUAAUUAAAUGCCGUAACAACUGUUGACAAAUUGACUCAAUAGGUCGUUAACCAAAAAUGGUUAACAAAAAAAAAUGGUAAAAAUAAAGAUCUAUUAUUUAGUUCAAUGUUUGAGAUACUUGCAAAAAAAAUUUAGAUUUGGUGCACGUAAAUUAUAUACAGAAUUUUAGGAACAAUUCCGAUAAAAUAGACAUUUUUGAGGCACCCUAAAGGAUAAUAAAUGCUUCUUUUCAAUAUAUUUUAAUAUAAAAAUCGAAUGUAGCGCACCAAAAUUAAACAAAACCGUCCUGUUUGAACAAAUACGUUCAGACUUUAGUGUCAGCGAAUAUGCUGCAGUGAACAUGAAUUCCUCCGAAGAAAGACUUCGGAUGUAAUGGUUUAAAGAACUUCACAUAGGCAUGUGAAUACAAUAUACGUUGUAUAACAUUCCACUGACACAAACCCGAGCAAUGUCAAAGCAAUGCUACAAUGCAGUUCGCGGUGUCCUCAUUUAUAGGUAUUAGUAUUUAUAAUGGUGCUGAAAUGCUCUUUGUCGCUGUAAAAGCCAUUCCGAAGACGUACAAUGCCGGUUGGUCAGGUUUCAUCAUGAAAAUAAUCUGAGUGAAAAGUUAUUUUCGAUUUGUUUUUCUCCACCUAUAACAGGUGGAGGAAAACCAAUCGUCGAACACACUAAUACAGUUACAGAUUGUCAAGUACAGCUGGGAUUCGCUGGUUGGGCCACAGCAUUGUCCAACUCUAAGACAAGACGUGACAAUAGGGAGGGCCGUUUUUGUUCCAAUUGUACGUCAGAAUGUUCCAGCUCCUGAUUGGUUAUUUCUGACUUUUUGCACCGUACGCAAUGUUACUGCAGGGAUAGUGAAAUGAUGGAUAGCAGUGUUGCUAUAUUUAUAGGAAAAGAUUGCCAUUGCUUUUGACAAAUAAAAUUAUAAUCGCUAAAAAAGAAAAAAUUAUUAAAUUGAUCAGAAAUUGUGUGGCAAAGUAAAACAAGUAAUUAUCAUGCAUUUACCGUAUAUGUGGUUGAUUAAAUUUAACAAAAAUAAGACAGAAACCACAUAAUAAUCUAAAAAUUUUCAGAAAAUUGUUUCAUCAAACCAUACUAAACACUCAUGACAUGAAAAAACCGUGCCCUUCAUCAAUAUAGUAGAAUAAAGAUACAAAAUAUUGCCGGCUUAAAAUAAAUUAACUAGACUCCAUUUUUAAUAAUAAAAACAGCAACACUGUUCGGAAGAUUUCGGCAGGGUGAAAAUGUGCGAAAAGAAGAACGUCGAAGAAAAAAUAAGAAGCCGAUUGUCACGUCUUGUCUUAGGUCCAACUAACUAAUUUGAUUCCCUAGUUGGACCGAUUGACAAAUGUCAAAAACUCUCCAAAAGAGAUGUUGGUAGUGUAAAUGCAUCUGUUCACAUCUCUAAUUAUUGUCGGAUUAAAUAUCAAAGUAAAUUUGACAUGAGAUUUUGACAUUCAGAUGCUUUUUUAUUUGAAUUAGUGAAGGUCCAGCUAAAAAGCAAAUCAGAUAAAAAGUAUCUAACCAGCGAAACACCACAAUACCGAAUCUAGCAUUCUAACGAUCUGACAGAGUACAAUUUCAUCAAAAAGAACUCCGCCAUUUUGCAAAGGGUGGCCAGACCUACCGAUUUAUCGGUAGUCCUACCGAUUUAUCGGUAGUCCUACCGAUUUAUCGGUAGUCCUACCGAUUUUGGUUUUCCCUACCAAUUCACAGACGACCAAGGGAAAACUACCGAUAUUUUGUUAUCCCUACCGAAAACUACCGAUUUUCAUUGAUUUAGGAUACAUCGUACUCAACAUUCAUUUUUGGGUUGGAUUUGGUCUGAGAUCUGUGUUUUCAGUAUUUUACAAUCCUAUGUCAAUACUACGUUUUUGGGACAACAACCCGGCCUACCGCUAACUACCGAUAAACUUUUAGUGACCCUACCGUUAUUAAGGAAUUCUAUCUGGCCACCCUGAUUUUGCAGCCGAUUUUCACAAGUAAACAAGUUUGUUUAGGACAUUUUAUGCCAUUUAUUAUAAACCAGGUUUAGAAAACAACGUCGAUUAAAUGACCACCCCCAUUUGAUACACAAAAAGCAGCUCUUUUGCGGGCAGACAGUGCAUCCUGGGAAUUUGCUCUGCAAGAACUUGAUUGUAGCGGCUGCGGUGUGGCAUUUGUGGACAAAGUGCACCAAAAUCCAACGGUAGCGUGCACCGUCAAUGGUCUCUCCGUAUUCGGGUUAUCGGAAACACUUUUUUUACCGCUACAACAACUUCAUUGGCCCGUUGCGGGCGCUGUCGAAUAGGAUUCUCCUAAAGAGAAAAACAAAGAGACGCCAUGUUCCGUUUGGACCUCCAAUUUAACUGUCAAUGUCAUUCCAAACGAACAAGAGAGUUGUCAAUCGUAAAUCUUUAGCAUUAAAAUUUAAAAAAGAACUUUUGAUUUUUAACCGAACGUGAUGAAUUUGGCACCACUUGCACCCGGUAUAAUCUACCUGCACAAAACGUUACAUAACGCAGGGCUGUUUUUUGGAACAACAUGUGUUAUCAUUCAGCCCUUCGUUAUGCAAAAUCGCGAUAUUAUGACAGAUGGGCUAAGCGCAGUGUUUCAUGGAGCGCGGCUGUCCCUUUCAAUCGGGAAAGGCCGCGUGGAAUUUUGGGGAAAUACGCUAAUAAUAUCCUACGGAAGAAUCUUCCGUCUUCUGCUAGUAGGAGUCGAACAUAGACAGAAUUACUGUGAAUCUACCAACAUAUCUCAUGACAAAGGGAGACGUUUCCCUGUUUAGUAUGUAAACUGUGUGAUUUUAAAGUAACUACGUUUGUCACGACUCAAUGCGUUAGCUUGACUGAGCCGUGGGUUUCCGAUAUAGAAAAAUAACACUAAAAUUACUGCUACUGCUUUAUGUUCACGGUCAGAAGUUCAUGUUUGUUUCUUGUUCUUUUUCCGGUCGCCAUUGUGUAUCCGUCUACUUCGGCAUUUGCUUCUUUGUUGGUGGUACUGGUUGUUGGUUUGGAGGGACUAGGCGCAAUCGUCGCUGAGUAAGUAUUUGAUGUGUCAUUGAUUAAGCAUAAGUUUGUUAUAGUAGAGGAUAUUUCUGGGUGUGGUUUUCCAUAGUGGAACAACUUACCUCCGAAUUGACACGUAUGGAUACACCAUCUGUACAAAACUAGUGUUCUUUGACUAAACGAUACACAACACGCUGGAUUGCUGUAAUUCGGAGGGUUAGGAGAGCAAAGGUUUUAUCGGAUACAUUCUCACCUCACAAACGUGGUUGGAUAUACAAGCGUAGAAGUUCCUCUCACUAUCUUUCUUAUCGGUGGCCACUUCUCCAGAAUUAUCUGAUGUGCGCAGUGUCAAAUCGUGUUGGCGUACCGCAUUUGUGUCACCAUCUCUAUAUACGGGGAUUCUAACUUUAUCGUUGUACAGUCGGCGCUGUGUACCAAUUUUCAAAAUCGCAAACUUCUAAAUAAAAGGGUAUUCGAAAUCUCGCAUGUAUGUGUUAAACUUUUUUCAUUGAUACCAUUCAAAAUGUGUAAUGGAGUUUGAGAUCCUCGCAGUCGCUUUUAAAAGGCUUAUACUGCUCUACGAUCAAAGCCAAAAAUAUCGAUGCCGUUCGCGAAGCCAAGAAGCGUGUGAGAUCUCAUAAUAAUGGUUAUGUUCCUUUACACAUAAGAUCUUCAUAUCGCACCCUCAGCCGCUAUGUUGAACAAUAAAUUAGAAAUAACGAUUUGUAACAGGAUUUGAACCCACUUACUUUGAAGUGCACCGGAUGAUCUAUUGCCCAGUCACCCUGCAAAAAAAAUGGUUUAUUAAAGUAGUUUUAGUAAAUAAAUCUCAACAGAUAGCACGCUUCUUAACUGAUAACGUUCAUAAUGAAUGAUAGAAAUAACCCGAUUGCUCGUCAGCAUAAAAUAUUGUAAUCGAACAGACAAUACUUAGCAAAAUUUAUCAAGUACAUUGUAAACGGUAACUAAUUUAUCAACGAUCCCUUUUAAUGUGUAACGUCACCAAGCUUGUCAAACCAGAAAAAACAGGUUUCGAAACACGAAACGUAGGAAGCCGCUAAAAGCAAAAAUAUACGAAUAAAAGUAUUCUUUUCUAAUCUUUUUGCAAAUUUUUGGUUAACCAGUAGAAAACAUUGACUAUUGUUCGCAUAAAUCAUGGCACAUCAGCGCUACACUAUAAAUAACAAAUCAAACGAUUACUGCUAAACGAGCUUAUUGAGAUCUCUUUUCAUACACCAUCAUCAAACUAGUUGUACGUUUCAAUAAUCAGCCCGACGGGGACAAUUUUGCCGAGCCCACUUUUGCUGUUCUGAAAGCUCAUAUAAAUAUAAAUUGCAGUACGCAAACCAAUCCACUUUUUUCGACUGUAUUAAGUGUAGUUAUUUCUAUGGUCAGAAUCAACCUACAACUGAUCCGAAACAUUGACGUCUUCAACAGCAUAUCAAAAAACUAGCGUCACGAAAUAAGUUGAAAAUCAAAAACAGUCUUUAUUAGGGUGCAGAUCAGUUGUGUGUCAUAGAUUUCAACGUUACUUAACUAUUUAUAUUAAACAGUCCUAUAUAUUGUAAUACAUUCGCGUAUAAUCACGUGUUUCCGAUGUUUUAGUUGUAAUUACGUAUCGCUCCUCCCGUUACGUAGGCAAUUUUAGUAUAGACAACUAUUUUUUCGUAAAUCACCCGAAUGCAAAUGCGGCUAUUGUAAAAUAAAUGAUAAAACUAUA